GCUGCAUCAGUGUGUCUCUUGCGCAUGAUCAGCCGUCUACACAUCCCUUCUGGCCGGAGUGAACCCACAUCUCAGCAUCUCUCCGCCAGCAGAGAGAAAGAAAUAAAAACGCACGCUCUCCUCCGCUAAUUGAGGCACUGAUAAGCCACUUCUAAUUUCUUCCUGGUGUGGUGCAGAUCUGGUUCUGAUCCUGUUUGGUCCAGUUCUGAUCGGAGUGGGAGAAUGGAGCUUUUGCUGUUUCUGUUGAGCCUCAGCUCCUUAGCUCUGAGCUACGCUGUUGGCGGGGACGUGUGCAUAACGGGUCAUGACAGUGGACCAGUGUUUGAAGAGCAGCCUAGCGGUGUGGUCUACCCAGAGGGACUCAGCGAGGGCAAAGUCACUCUCAACUGCCAGGCUAGAGCCAGUCCUGCUGCUACGUACAGCUGGCGCGUCAAUGGUACAGACGUCCCUGUAGGUGACCCCCGGUACACACUGGUAGCCGGUAACCUGGUGAUCAGUGGUCCCCAGUUCGGCCGUGAUGGAGGCUCCUACCAGUGUCUGGCCAUCAACCGCUGUGGCACCAUACUCAGCCGGGCCGCCAACCUCAAAUUCGGUUACCUCCAUGACUUCCCUGGGGAAGGGAGGAGCCCACAGACGGCUUACGAGGGAGCAGGUGCCUUCCUAGCCUGCCAGCCCCCCGCCCACUACCCAGCUCUUUCCUACCGCUGGUUCGUUGGCGAGUUUCCUAGCUUCAUGAAGCCUGACGGAGGACGGUGGUUCGUUUCCCAGGUAACGGGCAACUUGUACCUGGCCAAGGCGGAGCCUAACGAUACAGCAAGUUACUUCUGCUUCACCACCAUCAACAUGGACAUUAGCACCAAGAGUACCUUCAGCAAGGCAAACCAGCUCACCGUGCAGCCAGAUGCCAACGCCAGGAAGUCAGCUCCUGCUAUCACAGUGGGUUUCCCAGCAGAGACGUAUGCCCUGACAGGACACACCACCCAGCUGGAAUGCUUCGCCUACGGAAAUCCUGUCCCAAAACUCCGUUGGAGGAAGGUAGAUGGUCUGUUGCCGUCUAAGGCCGGGGCUAGUGCAGAGGGACCCAUCCUCACACUGCCUGAGAUGACUUUCCAUGAAGAGGGGGUGUAUGAGUGUGAGGCCUACAACUCGGAGGGCCGCGACACACAACAAGGACGCAUCACCGUGCAAGCACAGCCAGAGUGGCUGCAAGUGAUGAGUGACUCUGAGGUGGAGAUCAGCUCUGAGCUGCACUGGACUUGUGUUGCAGCAGGCAAACCAAGACCCUCCAUACGCUGGCUACGCAAUGGACAGCCCCUCAGCACACAGGACCGGGUGGAGGUCAAUGGGGGUCGUCUGAAGGUCAUCAACCUGGCCCUGGAGGAUUCUGGGAUGUAUCAGUGUGUGGCUGAGAACAAACACGGCACCAUUUACUCCAACGCCGAGCUGAGGGUGCAAGUCCAAGUCCCAGACUUCCGCUCCAACCCGGUGAGGAGGCUUGUCCCAGCAGCCCGAGGGGGGCAGGUGAUGAUGGAGUGUCGGCCGCGAGCCGCCCCCAAACCCACCCUGUUCUGGAGCCGCGGUACUGAGCUCCUUACCAACAGCAGCAGGGUGACAGUGACUCCAGACGGGAUGCUGCGGAUCCACAACAUCAGCAGGGCCGAUGAGGGGAAGUAUACCUGCUUUGCUGAGAACUACCUGGGCAAGGCCAACAGCACUGGACACCUGUCUGUUAGAGAUGCUACUAAGAUCACCUUGGCUCCCUCUAACGCUGACAUCAACCAGGGGGAGAACGUCACGCUGCAGUGUCACGCUUCACAUGACCCCACCAUGGACCUCACCUUCACCUGGGCUCUCAACGGAGCUCUGCUGGACCUGGAGGACCCCGGCGGACCGUACCAUCGCGUGGAGGGGAAGGAGACCGUAGGUGACCUGUUGAUAGUGAGUGGUCAUCUGAGUCAGGCAGGUACAUACAGCUGUACAGCUCAGACUGUGGUGGACAGCGCCUCAGCCUCUGCUAAACUGGUGGUCAGAGGUCCCCCGGGACCUCCAGGUGGUUUGGUGGUGAAGAACGUUGCCGCGACGUCGGUGGAGUUGCGUUGGAGUCGUGGCUAUGACAACCACAGCCCCAUCGGGAAGUAUGUUAUCAUGGGUCACUCUCCACUGUCUCCUGGUUGGAAGAGGAUGAGGACAGACCCAUCUAACAUUGAAGGCAAUGCUGAGUCGAUUCGUGUGGUUGGCCUGUUGCCAUGGAUGGACUAUGAGUUCCAGGUCAUUGCUAGUAACAUCCUGGGCAGUGGAGAGCCUAGUAUGUCCUCUCACACUAUACGCACCCAGCAAGCAGCUCCCACAGUGGCCCCUAGUGGACUAGGUGGAGGAGGAGGAGACCGCAACGAACUCAUCAUCACCUGGACGCCCAUGGCCAGAGAGUACCAGAACGGAGAUGGCUUCGGCUACAUCCUGGCUUUCCGGAAGCAGAACUCUCCAACGUGGGUGGUGGAGCGUGUUUCCAACGUGGAGUCGUCUCGCUACGUUUAUUCCAACCAGAGCCUGUCUCCCUAUUGCCUCUUUGAGGUGAAGAUCAAAGCCUACAACCGUAAAGGAGAGGGUCCCUUCAGCCAGAUCGCUGUGGUGCACUCUGCAGAAGAGGAGCCCACGGUGGCGCCCUCGAGGAUCAAUGCCACGGCUCUGACAGCAUUCGAGAUGCAGGUGUUGUGGGACCCUAUCCAACAUCUCAGCACCAACGGUAUCCUCCAAGGAUAUGAGAUCCGGUACUGGCGUCAGCAUGAGCGGGAGGCAUCUGCAGACCGUGUGCGAACAGCUGGGCUUGAGACCACAGCUCGCGUGGUGGGAUUGAGACCCAGCACCCGGUACCAUGUUACCGUAAUGGCCUACAACAGCGCUGGCACAGGACCAGCCUCACCCAGAACCACUGUCACUACCAAGAGACCACCUCCUAAUCGUCCCCCUGGCAACGUGUCCUGGAAGACUGAUGGCUCAUGGGUAACUGUUAGGUGGGAUCAUGUCAAGACCCUAGACAAUGAAUCAGCCGUACUGGGUUACAAGGUCCUGUACAAGCACGAGGGCCAGUCUGCUCUGAAGGUUCUGGACAAGGGGAAGACGUCUGUGACCCUGCCACUACCCAAAGACAAUGGCUACGUGGUCCUGGAGAUACGCUCUUGGGGGGAGGGGGGCGACGGAGCCGCACAAGAGACCAUCGUCUCCCGAGACUCAGGAACUGGAAUGAUGGUGCAGAACCAGGCGGGAUCCCCAUGGUCCAAUCAUGCUCCUCUCCUGCUCACCGCCACACUCUCCAUCACUCUCAUUGGCUUACUGGACCUGUGAUCUACAACUAUCCCUGGACAUUAUGUUUCAUGGUCUAAGCCGAUUGGUCAAAUUCACCUAU